AGGCCCACAUUUACAUAGGGUCGUGUACAAGAUGCACCUGGGUCGGGUGUAAACUCGAUCUUCUUAAACUCUAUUCCAAGUUUUCAAACAAAAUCAAUCAAGCGGUGUUCGUACCCCCAAAUUCUCACUACAAUCUGUACAAAUCUGGAUCAGUAACACAACAAACUCCAUCCCCAAAUGGCCCCAAAGAAAUCGAAGCACGAACUCACACCCAAAAAGAUGAAACUGAAAAAAGAUUCCAAGAUGAAACUGAAAAAGAAGAAGAAGAAGAUAUCAUCGAGUUCAAACCCAGCAGCGGCAGUGAGUGGCAGCGACAACAGAGGCGUCGAUUCAGAGUGGUGGAUUUCGUUUUGGGAUAAAAACCCACCGCUUCCUGGUUCAAUGGUGCCCGAAGACGAAGAAGAAGGGUUCAAAUACUUUUUCCGCGUGUCAAAGAAAACGUUCGAGUACAUAUGCUCUCUAGUACGAGAAGAUCUGAUAUCCCGUCCACCUUCCGGUCUCAUCAACAUCGAAGGAAGACUUCUCAGCGUCGAAAAACAAGUCGCAAUCGCUUUAAGAAGAUUAGCAUCCGGCGAAUCACAAGUUUCCGUAGGCGCGUCUUUCGGCGUCGGUCAGUCAACCGUUUCGCAAGUUACCUGGCGGUUCAUCGAAGCUAUGGAAGAACGCGGCAGACACCACCUCAAAUGGCCCGAUCACGAUAAAUUACAAAGCAUCAAAUCGGAAUUCGAAAAAACGUUUAACUUACCGAAUUGUUGCGGAGCGAUUGACGCUACGCACAUCGUUAUGACCCUACCCGCCGUUCAAACAUCAGACGAUUGGUGCGAUCAAGUUAAGAACUACAGUAUGUUGGUACAAGGUAUCGUCGAUGACAAAUCGAGAUUUCUCGAUAUCGUAACGGGCUGGCCCGGUGGUAUGACGAUCCCGAAACUCCUAAAAUUUUCGGGAUUUUACAAACUUUGCGAAUCGGGUCAGCGGUUAAACGGAAAUCCAAUAUCAUUAUCUAACGAAUCAGAGAUUCGAGAAUUUAUCGUAGGCGGGGCGAAUUAUCCGCUUCUUCCGUGGUUAAUAACGCCUUACAGUGAAACUGAUGAGGUGUCGGGUUUGAAUACGGUUCAUGAAGCUGCGAGAUCGCUUGCCGUGAGGGCGUUUUCGCAAUUAAAAGGAAGUUGGAGGAUUCUUAACAAGGUUAUGUGGCGACCCGAUAAGAAGAAGCUUCCGAGUAUCAUCGUGGUGUGUUGUUUGCUUCAUAAUAUAAUCAUAGAUUGCGGUGAUUAUGUAAAACCGGAUGUUUCGUUGUCGGGCCAUCAUGAUUUAGGGUAUGUUGAACAAUGGUGUAAGCAGGUUGAUCCUGUUGGGAGAAAGAUGAGAGAUAACCUUGCUGCACAUUUGGAAAAUAUCAAGUGAAAAUGGUUGUAACUCAUUCUUGCAAAAAUGACAGUGGUUUAUUUGGAAGUUUAUUUGGAGUAAAA